ACUUCCAAGUUUUAUAGCAAUAACAUGAAGUUAUUCUUGAUUUUAAGCAUUUUAACUAUAUUAGGACUUGUUAAAGUUGAGGCUUAUGAAUAUGGAAAAUCGUAUCAUUAUUUAUAUCAUGGUCACAUAUAUACUGGUUUUUCUGAGUUGAAACCACAAAGAUCUGGUGUCUCUUUUUCUUCGAAAGUGAUAUUGCAUCGUUCUCAUGAUUAUUAUGUCUUUGAAUUGCAAUCAUUCGUAUUUGAGAGAUAUAAUUCUGAAUUUGAAGAUACGAAAAGUAGUUUUCAGAGCUUUCUUUCUUCAGAAAAACUUUUAAGAGAUCCAUUUAGAGUUUAUUUUAAUGGUGGUCGAGUUCAAUAUUUCGAAACGUCUCCUAAUGAAGAUGUUUGGUCACUUAACAUCAAAAAGGGUCUUCUUGCACUUUUCAACUUGAAUCUCGAGAAAGAUUAUCACUAUUAUAGUAAAGAUAGACGUCAUUUUAAUUCAGAUUACAUUAGACCAAGAUAUGAAAAUCAUAACUAUAAAGUCUAUGAGGAUGGCGUUGGAGGUGAAUGUGAAACAUUUUAUACUAUUCAAUCCCAAGUUUAUCAUGAAACACCAUACGAAAAUAAUGUAUUAAACAUAACAAAAGUGAAAAAUUAUCACAAAUGUAAAAGGGAUCCCGUUCGUUCUUACGUAACACAUAAAGGUUAUCAAUGUGUAGAAUGUGAAUCAUCUCAAAGUCAUCCCUUCCAUGCGAACUCUCGUUAUUACUAUAACAUCAGAGGCAAUCGUCAUAAUUAUGUUAUCGAAAGAAUUAUCUCUAAUGGUGAAUUUAUGUAUUCACCUUACACAACUCAAACAAUUAAUGCACGACUUAAUCGACAUUUAGAAUUAAUUAAUGAAAGAGAAGAUAGUCCUAUAGAUACAACUUCUUUUUACAAAAAUGUCAUCAAACAUACAUCUUUAGCAUAUGAAUACGAAGAUACUAAAUCAACUUAUGAGACAUUUGAUUUAAAAAAUGCUCAUUAUUUGUAUGAUAUUUAUGGCUAUCAUGUCUCCACUGAAGAAGUUAAGAAACUACUUCGUGAAAUUAUAGAACAUCAUGAUUUUCAUGGUAGCAGUGAAGAAUAUAGAUCUAAAAACAUUCCAAGAAAAUUUAUUGAACUUGUAAGAGCAUUAGCUACUUUGGAUUACAGAAGAUUUGAAGAUGUUUAUAAAUAUGUUACAGAUGAUUUCACAGAUUCAAAAAUUCUCCAAUUAUUCGUUAAUGCUUUGACUGUAACUGGGACAAACCCUUCUUUUCUUAUGGCCAAAUAUUUAUUUGAAAAUAAGAAAAUACAACCAGAAAUGAUCAGUUAUUAUUUAACAACUGCACCAUUCCACUUUAAACAAUUAACUGAAAUUUUAUUACAAGAAUUUUACGAAUUAUGCGAAUAUCCUUAUAUUAGAGAACAUUAUCAACUACAUUCGACUUGUCAUUUGGCAUUUGCUGGGCUCGUUCAUCAAACUUGUGUUGUUGGAAAUACAAUUGAUCACUCUUUGAAACACAAACAUUGUACUCCAGAAAGAGCAGAGAAAUAUUUUAAUUAUGUAAUUCCACAUCAACGUUUCGAGAGAAAUAUAGGUGAAAUAACGUACAUCAAAAUUGCCGGAAAUUUUGGGUUGAGACAAACUAUUGAAUUUGUAAAACCAUACGUUUCCAAAGAUCAUCAUCAUCAUCAUCCAUUAUACUUCAGGGUAUCUGCAUUAUGGGCAUUAAGCCGAGUUACUCAUUAUUAUCCAGAUGAGGUUCUUGAAUUGUUAAUUCCUUUAUACUUCGAUACUUCUGAAGAUUAUGAAGUUCGAAUAGCUGCAUUUGCAUUAGUACUAAUGUCAAAGAGUUCUAGUUAUAUUCUAGAAACUAUUGCUGAUUCUUUAUAUCAUGAACCUAAUGAUCAUGUUAAAUCAUUUGUUUAUAGCACUUUCUACUAUUUAGCAAAUUCUACACAUCCCUGUCAUAAGAAAAUUUCUGAAAAAGCAUCAUUUUUCCUGCAUCAACUCAAAGCUCUGAAAUAUGACUUUCAACUUGAUUUAGAUCAUUCUUUUAACUUUUUUACAUCUGGUUAUGAAAAAGAAUAUGAUUACGGAGGCUUAACUCAUAUAGCAUACAUUCAUAGUAAUUCCAGUUACAUCCCGAGAGCUGUUUAUGUUAGGUUGAAUGACUAUUUUGGUGGAGAAUCUCACAAUUCUAUUGCUCUUGGGUACCAAGCUUACGGUUUGGAAAAAUAUUUUGAUCAAAUUUUUGGCCCAAGAGGUCCUUUUAGAGAGAGUUCUUUCUUCGAAAAUUUUGGACAACGCAGACCUAGAGAUGUUAAUACUGUAGAAAAAGAAUUAAAAGAAUUAUAUGACAAGAUUAAUAUAGAAACAAGAGAAUAUGAGCCAACUUAUGGAGAUUUUUUCAUUCAACAUCAAGGAACACAAAUUAGUUUCUUCCAUUUUAAUGAAUCAUUUAUCAAGAAUAUAUUAUCAUUAGAUAACAAUAGUGAUCAGAUAAACAAAUCUGAUCAUUUGCAAAUUGAUAAAUAUCUUCUGGGAACAGAUCGUACCUAUUUAAUUCCAACAGAUUUAGGAUUUCCUCUAGUGUUUAGCAUUAUGCAACCACUGUAUCUUCAUUUUAAUAAUAAUUUCGACUACGAAACGCAGAAAAAAGGUGUUUUUACAACAGAAAUUAAAGCUCGUGUUGAUGGGCAUUUGAUAUAUGAUCAUGAAUUAUAUUCCACUUUAGAAGUUAUCAUACCUUAUGAAGAAGUAACUCAUGGUGCAGGCAUUCUUCGUCGUUCUACCGUUUCUCUUCCAAUAAAUAUAAAUGCAUCAUUAGAUUUUGAAAAUUCAAAAAUUACCUUCAAACACACCCCAAUUAAUUCACAUAAUAUUUACCAUCUCGAAUUCGAACCGUUUACCUUUACAAAUGACUAUACAGAUCAUUCAUCGAAUUACAUUAGAGACAAGAUUCCUUUAUAUGAAGAAGAGCAUAUGCAUCAUAAUGAGCAUAAUUUUACUAAUCAGUAUCUUGGAAUUGGUGCCAGAACUAAAGUUGCAUAUAAUGAUAUCUGGAAUGAUUAUGGUUCAUGGUAUGAUUUCUUAACCAAAACAGAUUUUCGACAGAAAUUUUAUUAUUAUUUUGGAAAUCCACAUUUUCAUCCUUAUAAUUUUGAUUUCUUCGUCGAAAAGUUGCCUGAAGAUAAGGUAAAUGAGGUAAGUAUAACAAUUAAAGGCCAUUUUGAUAGAACAGAAGAGCAAAAGAAUUACGAAGUUAGAAGAGAAGAACCAGUAACUCACGAAAGAUUUAACGAAUAUGCUUACUAUUAUCAAAAAUGCAAAGAAGAAAGACAACACGGAUAUUAUUUUAACCAUUAUUGUAUAUAUUAUAUGCAUCUAAUGACUGAAUUACGACAAUAUAAUAUUGAAAUUAAUUAUGAAAACUUACCCGAAUAUUUUAAGAAUGUUACGUAUAAACUUGCGUCAUGUUUCAGACAUUGUUACUAUAAUCACGUGGAUCGUAACAUUUAUGCUAAGAAUUCUGAUGGACAAAUUCGUAUCGAGUUCAACGUAUCUCUUCACGAUAAUGUAGCAGAUGUUUGUGUUUACGAACCACACGAGACUAUUCAUUAUUCUCACAUUUAUGUCCCUCAAUUCUAUCCGAUCAAAGUUUAUCAAUCUUAUUAUUACAGUAAUUUAAAGGAAUAUAUUAGGACUUAUUCUCCCCCUUUUUGCUCGGUGCAAAAAGAUAAAGUGAAGACAUUUGAUAACGUAACUUAUACGCUUCCACCUAUUGAUUGUUAUAAAAUUCUUGCUAAAGAUUGCUCACCAACACAACGUUUUCUUGUUCUUGGAAAGAAAAUUAAUCAUCCACGUUACGAGAAGGCUGUUAAAGUAUUUUUUGAUAAGUACAAAGUGGAAGCUCUACCAGUUUCUGAUGAAUCCGAUAUUAUUGUAAGAGUUAAUGGAAAACGAGUUACUGUUGUUGAAAAUGAACCGUAUUAUCAUUAUGUGACUAUUAACGAAAGGCAAUCACUUCUCUUUGUCAUUGCUUAUAAUGGUUUUUUCUAUUCAUUCCGUUCUCAUGUGUAUGGACUCUCUCUUUCACCAAAUCAAAAAGGAAAACAAUGCGGCUUAUGUGGUGAUUAUAACGGAAAUAGGCAAAACGAGUUUAGAGGACCGGAAGGAUGUAUCUACCAUGAUGUUAGAAAUUUUGGUUAUAGUUACGCUAUACCAGAAGAAAAUUGUGAUGUUCCAAAACAUUAUAGUCCUUGUAGAGUAAAAAGUCACGAUUGCUUUCUAAAACGUAAUCCUUACGUUGAAGUUAAAAACAAAGUAUGUUUCUCUAUCACACCUAUCAUUACGUGUGAGAAAGGAUGCGAACCUAAAGGUUCAAUAAGGAUUAAUGCUCAUUUCCAUUGUCUUAAUGCUGCGGAUAAAUCAACAAAUCAACUUAAAAUAGAAAGCAAAUAUCGAAUUUUGGAAGAACUCACUCAGCUUAGUAUUCCAAAUAGCGAUCUGAGCUGUAGUGUAUUGCAGCAAAGACCAUUUUUUAAACUUACAAAUGAGCAUAAUUUUACUAAUCAGUAUCUUGGAAUUGGUGCCAGAACUAAAGUUGCAUAUAAUGAUAUCUGGAAUGAUUAUGGUUCAUGGUAUGAUUUCUUAACCAAAACAGAUUUUCGACAGAAAUUUUAUUAUUAUUUUGGAAAUCCACAUUUUCAUCCUUAUAAUUUUGAUUUCUUCGUCGAAAAGUUGCCUGAAGAUAAGGUAAAUGAGCGAUUUGUUUUGUGGCAGCUUUUGGUAACUAGGACACCACAUCAUCAAAGUGGUCCCGGUUAUUUACCGGAUCGUUUAUAUCGUUAUCGUUAUUUGUCUACUUUAUAUUUGGGAUUUUCGGGAUUAAAACCUGAAUAUGAAGGCAAAUCUCUAAGAGUCGACGUUGUUAUACAGCGUCAAUCUGAUUACUAUGUAAUCAAGUUUGAACAUCCUGAACUUGCAACAGCUAAGAAAGUACGUAAUAUAGAAGAUUACCAUUAUGAAUAUCAUGCUUCACCAGAAUUCGAAAAACUCAUAUCAAAACCAUUUAGAGUUAUUUAUUCGGAUGGACAGUUAUCCCAUUACGACGUGAGUAGUGAAGAACCCGAAUUUGCUUUAAAUCUGAAAAGAGGUCUUCUUCACGUUCUAAAUCUGAAUUUAGAACAAAAGGAUGCUUUUCAUUAUCAAAGAGGUGAUUACCUGCAUCGUCCGGAUCCUCAAGCUGCAUAUUAUGCUGUUUUAGAGGACGGAAAAGGUGGAAAAUGCGAAACCGCAUACGUUAUUCAUACAGAACCAUACUAUCGUACACCCUAUUAUAACAGCGUAUUGAAUGUUACUAAAACCAGAAAUUACGAGAACUGCUUAGAGGAUCCUUAUGAUGAUUACAACUCUCUGCAUGGAAGACAUUGUGAAGAUUGUGAAGAAGAAAAACAUCAUCCAAUUCAUGUAAACUCCCAUUAUUAUUAUAAUCUCCGAGGAGAUAGACAUAGUUAUAUCAUAGAACACGUUUUCGCUGAAGGAGAAACAACUUAUGUACCAUAUACAACUCAUGGACAAACUGCUUUUGUUUAUGAAAACCGUACGUUAGAUCUUGUUGAAGAAACUGAAUCAACUGAAAUUAUACAUUUGCCUGGUGAUCUCGUUUCGUAUUACAAAUUGGAUUUCACUCAUGGUCAUUAUCAACAUAAAUUCGAUGAAGCAAUCGAUUUGAAGGAAGCUCAUUUUUAUCGUGAUAUUUAUCCAUUUGAUUUAAAAGUUGAAAAAGCUGCGAAACUUAUGGAUGAGUUGAUUUCGUUUUAUCAGCAUGUUGAUACUGCUACUGAUCUUCAUAAAAACUUGCCAAUUGAUUUCCUUAGAUUAAUUGGAUACUUUUCUUAUUAUAAUUACGACCAUUUUCAGGAAUUCUAUGAAAAAUAUGUAGAAGGAAAAGCUGAAGCAUAUAAGCAUUUAUUUUAUGAUGCUUUAGCCAAUGUUGGUACAAAUCCUUCGAUUUUAUAUGGAAUUCAUCUCAUAGAAGAAGAACGUGUUCCAAUAGAUGUUGCUAAGCAAUUUAUUCAAACUGUUGUUUAUCAUAUUAAAGAACCCAGUGAAAAACUCUUUGAUGUUCUUUUCCGAUUGUGUGAUCACUCCUCUGUUAGAAGGAGAAACGAUGUCCAGACAGCUUGUUACCUUGCAUUCAGUGGAUUAGUUUAUGAAACGUGUGUUAAAGUACAUCAUCAUCAUUACGAAGAAAGAAAUCACGAAUAUCAUCAUGAUGAUGAUCAUAGUCGCGAUCAUGAUUACGGACACGAUCAUGCUUCUCGAGCUUCUCGAUUGCGAAGAGAUAGUCAUCACUGCACAGAAGAAACAGCCAGAAAGUAUCUUGAUUAUUUUGUUAGUCAAUACCACCAUCACGAUAAUGAUUAUUACGAAAUUGCCUUCAUCAAAGUACUAGGAAAUAGUGGAUUGAGAGAUGCCAUUCGAUAUCUUAGACCCUACAUUUUAGAUGUAGAAAAACCUCUGUAUUAUCGAGUUACUGCAAUGUGGGCUUUGCGUAGAAUAACAUAUACAAGUCCAGAAGAAAUAUUAGAAAUUGUAUUGCCAAUUUAUGCCAAUACUAGUGAAGAUUAUGAAUUAAGAAUUGCAGCUUUCUCAAUUGGUCUUAAAGCGCACCCAAGCGAAUAUCUAGUAGAAACCAUUGCAUACAACUUAUAUUCUGAGCCUAGCGAUUAUGUUUCAACUUUCAUUUACAGUACCUUCUACUUCUAUGCUAAUUCUACUCACCCUUGCUACAGAAGAUUGGCUAAAUUAUCUCGAAUUGCUCUUGAGAUCUUGAGCGAUCACGAGCCAUACACUCAUUACGAUUUUGAUCAUGCUUAUAACUUCUUUUCUUCAGGAUACGAAGAAAGAUACGAUUACGGAGGAUUUACGCAGUUUGCUUAUAUUCCAAGCAAUUCUAGUUACAUACCUCGCAAAUUAUAUCUUCACUUGAACGAUUACGUGGGAGGAGAAUCUUUCGAUACUGUAGCUUUUGGCUUUCAUUCUUAUGGUCUUGAAAGAUAUUAUGAUCGUCUUUUUGGACCCAAAGGUCCUUUAAAAGAUAGCACCUUCAGCAACUUCUUUGGGAGAAGAUCACCUCGUGAUACCAAUCCCGUUAAACAGGAAAUGGAAGACAUUGAUCAAAAGUUGAAUCUUCAUCACAGACAAUACGGACCUGCAUACGGAAAUGUAUUUUUUAAGCUAUUUGGUACAGAAAUCGAAUUUUUCCAUUUUAACGAAUCUAUUAUAGAGCAUUUUCUUAAAGAAGAUUUAAUGUCAUUAUUAAAACACGAAGACGAUCAUCAUCCUUUCCUGUACCGACACUUCACGGUUGGAUCAGACAAGACCUACGUAUUUUCAACUGAGACUGGUUUACCUUUGAUAUAUGAAGUGAAACAACCCGUUUACCUACAUUAUCAUAAUAAUGAAUUCAAAGUAGAACUUACACCCGAACCAGAAAAUAAAGGCCUUUAUUUCCCCAAACAAGUUAAAGUUCAUCUUGAUGGGCAUUUUAUAUACGAUCAAACUGUUGAAUUCCUACUUGAAGUAGCAUUACCUUUCUCGAAAUCUGCCAUUUCUGUAGGAUCACGUCUACGCACAGCGUUAAACGUUCCAUUAAAAUUUGAUUUGAUAGCAGAUUUAGAACAUCACAAAUUUGUCUACAAACACGUCCCAGUAAUCCCUCAUGAAGUAUUUCAAUCUUAUUUCAUACCGAACAUAGGAUUUGAACAUAUCUAUGAUGAAGAUUUGACUGAAGUAGAAGAAGAUUAUUUCCAAGAUUGUCUAGGAUUAGGAUAUAGAGUCAAUGCCAAAUACCAUAACAUUUGGAAUGAUCGUGGAUCCUGGAAGAGUUUCUUCACAGAUUUAGAUUUUCGCCAGAAACUAUAUUAUUACGUUUUCCAACCUCAUUUCAAUCCACAUUAUUUCAACGUGACUUUAAUCGGAGCUGAUACAGAUGCUACUACAGAAUUGGAAGCAAGCUUUAAUUAUGAUUACUAUGAUGAUACAGAUAAAGACAAUCGACCAACUAAAUCUGAACACUUCGAAGAAGAAUUAGGUGAUUUUAGCAGUGAUGAAAAAUGGUAUACUUAUGUUAUGCAUGGAGAACUUCAUGGUAAAGGUCAACGUGAACGCAAAAUAUCAACAGAGUUAAUCUAUCAUCGAAGUUACGAUUCUCUUGAUCACAAAUAUCACUUUUAUUACGAUAGAACACCAUUCCACUCUUCCGAAACGGAACAUUUCAAGAUCUGUUCCGCUGGUUACGUUAAAUAUCCUCAUUAUGAUCUACACAAAUUUUUCAACUUAGAAACUCAAGAGCUGGAUUAUUCUGUUAAUGCACAAACUAACGUUUAUUUUGGAAAAGAUUGUAAGAGUGACAAAAAAAUUAGUGUACGCGGACAUUUUGAUAGAACAGAGGAACAAAGAAAUCACGAAGCAAGAAGAGAAGAACCUGUAACUUACGAACGAUUUAACGAGUACGCUUAUUAUUAUCAAAAAUGCAAAGAAGAAAGAGAACAUGGACAUUUCUAUCAUAGAUAUUGUGUGCAUUAUCUGCAUCUUAUUUCCGAAUUACAUCAUUAUAAUUUUGAAAUCACUUAUGAAAACCUUCCAGAAUAUUUUCGUAAUUUUACCUACAAGGCAGCAUCGUGCUUUAAACAUCACUAUUAUACUCACGCAGAUACUGAUAUUUUCGCAACGAAUCCAGACAGCCAAGUACGCGUUGAUUUAAAUGUAUCAUUACACGAUCCUGUAGUUGAUGUUCGAAUUUACAAACCCCACGAAACUACUUAUUACACUCACAUAUAUGUUCCUACUCUUCAUCCUCUGGAUACUUAUCCAUCUUCUGAUAAUAGACACUUACAAAAUUAUUACGGAAUAUUUGAAUAUCCUUUCUGCUUGAUUCAGAAAGACGAAGUGAGAACAUUUGACAAUGUUACUUAUACAUUACCACCCAUCGAUUGUUAUAAGGUUAUUGCUAAGGAUUGUUCUCCAACUGAACAUUUCUUGGUGUUAGGAAAGAAAGUUGGUGAUCAAAAGGAAGUUAUUGUGUAUUUCGGUAAAUAUAAAGUUCAAGGCGUUCCAUCAGGAUCAUCCAUCGUUGUUAAUGUAAACGAUAAACAAAUUACCGUAACAGAAAAUGAACCUUAUUAUCAAUAUAUAACGGAAGGUGAUUACAAAGUAACUGUAUUUAGCAUUACUUAUAACGGUCAUCACUACACAUUACAAUCUACUCCAUAUCGCUUCGAAGUGGAUUACGAUGGAAAAGUCAUCCAGAUUCAGUUUACAUCACCAUAUUACCGUGGAAAACUCUGUGGUUUGUGUGGUGAUAACAAUGGUGAUAGUCAAUACGAAUUCCGCGGUCCAGAAGGUUACGAUUAUCACGAUACAGCAGCUUUCGGAUAUAGUUACACACUUGCGGAUGAUCAAUGUAAAGUUCCGGAUUACGAUCAUCCCAGACGUUACCAUGGAGUCGAAAGAUGUACCGAAUAUAGGAACCGUCACAUCUUUUACGGAAGUAAAAACAGGAGGAGUUGUUUCACUACCCAUCCUUUGCCUAGGUGUGCCGAAGGAUGUGUACCAACUCGUUACGUAAAACGUAGCGAAUCUUUCCACUGUUUGUCAGCAAAGGAAAGUUAUUCCCGUUACUUGCUUCAAGAAUCCGAAAAUCGGGUGUUGGAUGAAGUAAGACGUAAAGAAACGGAUCAUUAUGCCGAAGUAGAGUAUCCUGAAAGCUGCGAGCUUAAGGAGCAUUAAAGUUUUGCAUCAAAGAAUAGUUAUCAGAAUGUUACAUGAUUUUUAAAAAAAUAUUUUGUAAAUAAUAUUCAUGCAUUUUUUUGCAUUUAAUUUUUAAGAUUCACGGAUUGAAAAAUGUAAAUAAAAAUUUUUCAGCUGUCUCAAAUAAACAUACGUAAGAAAAA